AUUGUACAGAAAUCGUGUGAAAUUUGUGAUUUUUAUCGAUUGUGAUUAGUUGUAAGUGAAGUUUCAAGUAUGGCCACACACUUCCGCAUUGCAAAAACCGACGAGAAUGACGCAGCCCGUGUUCAGGCGAAGAAGGUCCUAAAGGAACCGACUGUGGGCAAACGAGCCGUACUCGGUGAACUCGGGAACAAAGUGCUGAAAAAUGUGGAGCACGGCAAGGGUGGCAAGGAUGGAGGGGUAUUUAAAUCCACCGAUGCUGCCUUUAAAAACAUCAAACCACGAGUGGACACCCACUGGAAGAAGUCCGACGGUCCCAUAACGGUUUUCCCGGUGUCCAAACCGGUAACCCGUUCCGACUCCCUCAAGGGCUUGAACCAUGUCGGGAUCGGGCAAAAGUACAACAAAAGCACGGUAUCUGCCAACACCGUCCUUCCGGCUGGUACUGCUGCCGCCGCUCAGAAGAAAGUGGUCCACGUUACGAAGGGUGCGGAAGUGAAGAAGGUCAAGGUGGUCAACCUGAAGCGAGAGGAAAGCCGUUUGACUCGGCGGUCGCUCACCAAACUAAAGCAGCUGAAAAAGCAGACGUCCAGCAGCUCUUCCAGUAGCUCGUCCCUAGCAACCAAUUCCGAUGAGGAGGAAUAUAAGAUAGAGAAACCGGAUUCCCCUGACACCCAUUCCCACAAAUUGCUCGAGGAAGUUGAGAACAUCGACAUCAACGAUGCCUGGAAUCCCAUGUUGGUCUCGGAGUACGUGAAUGAUAUCUACGACUAUCUGAACAGUUUGGAGGAAAUAUUUGCCAUUCGUGAAAACUUCCUUGAUAGCCAUAAACAGAUUAAUCAUAAAAUGCGCACUAUCCUCAUUGAUUGGAUCAAUGAAGUGCAAUACCAGUACAAGCUAGAGAUCGAUACGUAUCAUAUGACUGUCUCAAUUAUCGACAGAUAUCUUCAGCUGGUGGUCGACACUCCCAAGAAGGAACUGCAGCUGGUUGGCGUGACGGCCAUGUUCAUUGCCUCCAAGUACGAAGAACUGUUUCCCCCAGACAUCGAUGACUUCGUCUACAUCACCGACGACACCUACAAGAAGAAACAGAUCCUCGACAUGGAGAAGCAGAUCGUGAAGGUGCUGGACUUCCAUCUGGGCAAGCCGUUGCCCACGCACUUUUUGCGGCGCUAUUCCAAGGCUGCCAAGGCCGCCGACAAGAACCACCUGUGCGCGAAGUAUCUGAUCGAGAUGGCCAGCAUCGAUUACAGCACGGCGCACUACAAGCCGUCCGAGAUCGCCGCCGCCGCAUUGUACAUAUCCCUGACUUUGUUCCCAUUGGCUAACAACACCGAACCCAAGGUGUGGACCAAAACUCUCGAACAUUACACGCACUACACUGUGCAACAUCUGACACCGAUCAUACAGCGGUUGGCCAAGGUGGUCAAGAACGCGCCCAACAUGAAAGUGCACGCCGUUUACAACAAAUAUCAGUCCAGUAAAUUCGAGAGAAUCUCCGUUCAUCCCGAAUUCCAAGGACCUGUGAUGGACAAGCUGAUAGACGGUGAAGUUAGCCCGUAAUGUAGAUCUUUUUUAUGAAUCGAUGUAUUUAGCUAUCAUAUUACUGAAAAAAUAGGUGACACAAUUUGCCAGCAGACAAAAACUCUUACAAGCCUAGGCUAUUCCAGUUUAUAUCCUCUACACAACAUUUUGUUUUUAUACGCGUAGUGUAUUAGUUAAUCGUUUAAGAAGAUUUUAACAAUCCUAAAAUAUUUUCUAAUUCUAAUUUUCGGCAAUAUUGCUAAUGCGAGAGGAUAAGUUGGUCUUGAAUUAGAUCAGGAAAACAAAUUCCCAUUAGUUGCGUUUUUUUGCUACUGAACCAAGCAUAAUAAAAUUUUGACUGAUCAAUUGUAAUAAUUUGAUGUA